AUGGAUCCGCCGUCUCUCCACGAACUUGCCGAGGAGGCGACAUUCGAGAGCUACGACGGUAGAACGAUCAUCUCGAUCCCAAAUGUGGAGAAGCUUUCCGGCCUCGACCAGCUCAAGGUCUUCAAAAUAGCAGAGGAACAGCUGCUCUCAGGCGGGCAGCGGAUGUCGAGUGCGGUUGAUUCCCAAGAGCUGCGGUCCAGACUCGACUUGUUGACACCGGAGCCGUCGGGCGAAGAAGAGUCGAACAAGGGAUGGAUGGCUGAGGCAUAUCGGGAACUUGAACGCGACGGCUGUCCUCCCUGCCACCCGCUCUACGACACCUUUCCUCUGCAAGACCCGGCCGAGAAGUACCGGCCGAUCAUAGACUGGUGGCGCUUCUACGGCGGAGACCUGGAGGAGACUUUUUUCUGCGAACAGCGACGGGAUUGGAAAAACUUCCGCUCCUGGCAGUCACAGAGGCGAGCCCUGAAUGCUACCGAUGAGCGAUUUAAUCGAUAUGUGGCCAAGAUUCGCGAAUGCCGACAAAAGUAUAGCCUGGAUAAACCAUCCGAGAGAGUGGCCUAUGCAGCAGCUGUGGAGUGCAAACAAAACCAGCUGCAACUGCACCAGAACCUGCUGGACUGGAUCGAACAGCAACGACGUGCCAUGGAUCCACAAAGCCGUCUGCUACCUGGCGAAAAGAGGAAGAGGGACUCCGACAAUAACGGCCACGACAACGAGAUGCAGAUGUGUUCCAAGAGGAGAGAAUGCACUGCAGGCCCGGGGCAGCAACAUGCUAAGGUGCUGCUAUUGACUCGACGCAUCACCCGAGCACAGCGCUGCCAGCUCUAUGGAAAGGAUGCCCAGCUGGUCCAGCUGGGGCGACAUGGCGAGCUGCUUGUACAAGACGGGCGGGCAAGCUGAGGAGCCUGGUGUUGUCUGUAAGCCAAGACCAAGUCCUAUAGAGCUCAUAAGAAGAUCAGACAAGGCCAGCAAGGUCUGGAAACCGGAUACAGUUUCAGCGGUUUCAGGAGGCUUUCAAGGGCUUCCAGAGACCCAGAUAAAUAGUCGAUAGCUUGCCCUCUCGAUAGUUGUAAUAGAAUCAAGCUUCAACGCUCUUU